GCCUUUUAAAGCGGCAGCGCGGGCUGGGAGUCGCAGGUCCCGUUGCACGCGUGCUCUGUCGUCUCUUUCUCAGCCUAGCCCAGCCUCACCAUGGUGGACGCCUUCGUGGGCACCUGGAAGUUGGCGGACAGCAAGAAUUUCGAUGACUACAUGAGGUCAAUCGGUGUGGGUUUUGCUAACAGGCAGGUGGCCAACAUGACCAAGCCUACCACAAUCAUCGAAGUGAAAGGGGACACAAUCACCAUAAAAACACAAAGCACCUUUAAGAACACGGAGAUCAGCUUCAAGCUAGGAGUGGAGUUCGAUGAGACAACAGCAGAUGACAGGAAGGUCAAGUCCAUUGUGACGCUGGAUGGAGGCAAACUCGUCCACACGCAGAAGUGGAACGGACAAGAGACAACACUUGUGCGGGAAGUAGUUGCUGGGAAACUCAUCCUGACACUCACCCACUGCAGUGCAGUUUGCACUCGCACUUAUGAGAAAGGGGCAUGACCUGCCCACUCCCUCAACAACUGCUCCUCUGCCAGUUGGCUACUCCUGGACUCAGCACCAGAUUGACUCAUUUUUUUCCUCUGGCAUUUUGUAUAAAUCCACCUUGAUUGGGGAAAUUCUCCUGGGGUCAGGUGGCACCAGCCUGGAUCCAGUUCUGUUCUCAUUUGUGUAUGUUUGUUUUUGUAACUGCACCCAAAGGGUGCUCUGAGGUCAAUAAAGCAGCACCUAGGCCACCCAGUUACCUUUUUGCUUUUGGUGACAUGA